GGCGGAGGAAGCGGCGGGGAAGCUCCGGUGGUGACUGUUGGUGGUGGUUUUUUUUUUACCCCCCCACCCCGGCCCGGUUCGCCUGAGGGGGGCGCUUUUUGAACCAUGGACGAGCAAAGUGUUGAGAGCAUUGCUGAAGUGUUCCGAUGCUUCAUUUGUAUGGAAAAGUUGCGUGAUGCACGCCUGUGUCCACACUGCUCAAAGCUGUGUUGUUUCAGUUGCAUUCGGCGUUGGCUGACAGAACAAAGAGCUCAGUGUCCGCAUUGUCGAGCACCGCUCCAGCUCCGAGAACUGGUCAAUUGUCGUUGGGCCGAGGAAGUGACCCAGCAGCUUGACACGCUCCAGCUGUGCAACCUGAACAAGCAUGAAGAAAAUGAAAAGGACAAGUGUGAAAAUCAUCAUGAAAAGCUCAGUGUAUUUUGCUGGACGUGUAAGAAAUGCAUUUGCCACCAGUGUGCCCUCUGGGGUGGCAUGCACGGAGGACAUACAUUCAAACCGUUAGCCGAAAUAUACGAACAGCAUGUGACGAAAGUGAAUGAAGAGGUAGCCAAGCUCCGUCGAAGACUCAUGGAGUUAAUCAGUUUGGUGCAGGAAGUGGAGAGGAACGUGGAAGCCGUACGCAGUGCAAAAGAUGAGCGUGUUCGGGAAAUCAGGAACGCUGUAGAGAUGAUGAUUGCUAGGUUAGAUACCCAGCUGAAGAACAAACUUAUAACACUAAUGGGUCAAAAGACUUCGCUCACUCAAGAAACAGAACUUCUGGAGUCUCUGUUGCAGGAAGUGGAGCACCAGCUGCGGUCCUGCAGUAAAAGUGAACUGAUCUCAAAAAGCUCUGAGAUCUUGAUGAUGUUCCAGCAAGUCCACCGGAAACCCAUGGCCUCUUUUGUCACCACCCCUGUCCCUCCGGACUUCACAAGUGAAUUAGUGCCUUCCUAUGAUUCCACCACCUUUGUCUUGGAGAACUUCAGCACUUUACGCCAGCGGGCAGACCCAGUGUACAGUCCUCCUCUUCAGGUUUCUGGGCUUUGCUGGAGGCUGAAGGUUUAUCCGGAUGGAAACGGAGUGGUGCGAGGCUACUACUUGUCUGUAUUUCUUGAGCUGUCAGCGGGGUUGCCAGAAACAUCCAAGUAUGAAUAUCGCGUAGAAAUGGUUCACCAGUCCACGAAUGACCCUGCGAAGAACAUCAUCCGAGAGUUUGCUUCCGAUUUCGAAGUUGGGGAGUGUUGGGGUUACAACAGAUUCUUUCGUCUGGACUUGCUCGCUAACGAAGGCUACCUGAACAGGCAGAACGACACGGUCAUUUUGAGGUUCCAGGUGCGCUCUCCUACUUUCUUCCAGAAAUGUCGGGAUCAGCACUGGUACAUUUCUCAGCUGGAAGCUGCCCAAACAAGCUACGUCCAACAGAUAAACAACCUGAAAGAAAGGCUAGCCAUUGAGCUUUCACGUACCCAGAAAUCCCACAGCAUGUCUCCUCCGGAUACUCACCUCAGCCCGCAGAGCGAUGAUGGUCUGGAAGCAAGGUCGAAGAAGACAGGGCCCAAUGCAGAGGUGCUUCUUGAGGCGGUGGCCUCACCCAGGGAUGCAAAAGAUGAAGAAGAGGAGAAAGUACAGUACGAAGACUUUAAUCAUGAGCUCUCUGAUGGGGAUCUCGAUGUCGAUCUGGUGGGGGAGGAAGAGGUGAAUCCCCUCGAGGGCAGCAGUUCGUCGGCAAGCUCAACAGCAACCAGCAACACCGAAGAAAAUGAUAUCGAUGAAGAGACCAUGUCUGGCGAGAAUGAUGUGGAAUACAGUCACAACAUGGAGUUGGAGGAAGGAGACCUGGUGGAAGAAGCCACCGCUACCCCUGCUGGCGCUUCAGGCGGGAGCCACGGCUACCCCACCGCCAGCUGCCGCAUGUCAAGGCGUGGAGGGAGCGCGCUCGGCUCUUCGGCCAGCAGCAGCUUGCUGGACAUCGACCCCUUGAUCUUAAUCCACUUGUUGGACCUGAAGGACAGAAGCGGGAUGGAGAACCUUUGGUGCCUCCAGCCUCACCCUCCAGCUUCCCUUCUGCAGAACAGAGCCUCCUAUUCUCUGAAAGAGAGGGACCAGCGGAGGCAUCAGGCCAUGUGGCAUCUCCCGCCAGACCUGAAGAUGCUGAAGAGACUGAAGAGCCAGAUGGCCGAAGUGCGCAGCAAAAUGUCCGAUGUAAAAAACCAGCUCUCCGAGGUCAGGAGCAGCAACUCGGCCUCUUCGGACGGGCAGGCGGUCUACGGCUUCCCCGGCGAGCAGGGAGCCUUGGCUGCGUGUGGGACAGAGAGCUACAGCAAACUCCAGGAACUCGGGAGGGAGCUGCUCACCAAAUCAUCCCUCUCUGGCUGCUACGUGCGUAAUUCCACAAAUAAGAAAAGCCAUACCUCCAAAGCUGGUCGAGUCGGGACGGCAGGCAGUUUGUCCCUGCGAAGAGCGAUGGAUUGUGGAGAUGGAAAUCUGCACUUGAAGGGAGACUGUCAGAUCUCCUCUGAAGGUUGCCCGGGAGGCUGCAAGUCCGGCAGCAGGCACGGCUCUCCCAGGUCCUUCACGAACGGCAAUGCUUCCGAGCUGCCGCCUAAGCCCGAGGAGAGGCCCUGCGAACUCUCCGAUUCAGAUACCGGGGCUUCUGGUUUAAAUGGCAUCGUUGCUGGGGAAAAGGCGAAGAAAGUAGUAGCCGGCGGGCCCAAUUCAAAUAGAUGCCGUGCGGAAGCAGCAGAAUUGGCCGACUCGGAAAACAACACUGACGCUGGGAAGUUGCCAGUCAUCCUCUCAGAGGGAGCCUCGGCUGGGCUGGAGGAAGCUGGGCUUUGCCAGAAACCUGUUCUCCAUCUCCUGCCGGGCAUGAGCAGCGACAGUGACAUCGAAUGCGACACAGAGACUGAUGAGCCGGAGGAAGCAGAAGCCGCCGGCGCCACUCCAGACGCCUUCAACGAGACCUUUGAAGCCCAGCCUUCAAGCGACACCUUAGAGCUUUGCUCGGUUUUUCCUGAUGGUGACCACAUGGGCCCCGGAGACCUCUCCUUCUCUACUGGAAAGGACAGCAUGAGGUAAAAGCAUUAUGGUGGUAGGGGCUGCCCGAAGUUGGAUUUAGCAUCCCCCAAACGUUCUCUGUUGGAAGCGGGGCGCCUCAGCGGCACAGCAUCGGGCGUAACUCGUCUGCCUCGUCUCUGGUAAUGCCUUACGCACCUCUUUGCCCUCUCCUCCUGUCCUCGCUGGAAAUCUAGGUGUAAUGCUUUUAUUAGGACCCUGUGUGGCAUCCACCUGCACCCUGCGUGCCUCCAAAAGGUGCUUUUUUUGAGCGUAACUGUGCCUCCCAGUGGCUGAGGAGCUUGAGGACUAGAAGGGGGUACCUCUUUGCUGCAGUUAUUUAUAGAUCGAAUGAGUCGACACUAAAACCCUUGCACUGCUGCGUCCUAAGCUACUUACACUGAUACGUUUUUGUUUUUUUACAAGAGUUUCUCCUUUCCUUUCCUCCAACCGGCUUAAGUCCACUUUUGGUCAGAUGGAAACACUUGUUGCCAAACUAAUUUUUAUUUUUGCCAUUGGGCAUUGAUUGCAUUUGAGCUGCUAAAGGUGUUCUGUGAAGCUAUGCUGAAUGGGCUGUUUCCUUGAAAACCCAGAUUGCUGUAUACAUGUUCCUCGUGUGUUGCCCGUGUCUUCUCCAGAAUGUUCUGCGUGACAGAAGGAUUUGGUCUUAAAUGUCAUGUUUAACUGCUGUAAAAAUUCGUAUAGUUCAGGUGGAAAUGGUUUGCACUGUUUUAAUUAAUAAACUGAACAUGGAAAUGACUGUGCUUGUGGAAUGGAAGACGUGGGCGUUGAACUGGAAAGUUUGUGCCUGUUAAGAUGGGAGAGGGUGGAUUUCUCUGCUUCAUGUCCUCACUGAGCCACCUCUUUUCUAGAUGCAAAUAAUAAUGUUUUCCUAAGGCCGCUGAUACCUCUUUCCUUAUGACUGGGAUGUUCUGUGGCUACAGAAGAAGCGGUAUAUGGAAAAGUGUGUUUGCUUUUAAUACGUACAAGGAACGUCCCAUUAAUAAAGUGUUGUGUUGUAUCAAA